CUCCACCUGAUUGAGCUCCAAUAAUGGCGCCUGUAGUGAGACACGCAUUGAAUCAUGGUAUAGCACGACUGAACCAUGGGAUUGGUUGUCCCAGCCUUCUUUUUACGAUCUUUGCGACAAACAAGAAGCCUCUUCAGCGGCUCUUCCGUGUUUUGGAUUUCUAUCAUGUUUGAGAACAGGGUUUAAUCUGACAGUAAGGGUGUGUUAAAACUAUUUUUAAAUGCAUUACACGUUAUUUCGCCUUAGUGUUUGUGAAUUUUAAUAGUGAUCGACCUGGCUUAAUUAGGUGUAUGUAUGUUAUCAUCACUUACUGACAAGGAAAGCAGUGGAAAUACUACACGUAAACGUUAGGGUUUUCAUUAGAGAAAUACAAUCCCAUUGUAUCUUUGGUUGGCAUAAAUGAAAUGCUCCAGCCACUUUAUCACAAACAGACCGCACUGUUGUCACAUUGCUGAAUUCUAAGAGAGGUUGCAUCUUGUUGCUAAAUCAUGUCGUUGGGCGAAAGCCAAUCAGAUCAUUCAUAGCAGAUAGUUUCAGUUUAAUUUCUUCUAAAACAGAAGUGCUGCGCCUGAAAAAAAAAUAUUUACAGACGCCUGAACUAACAAAAUGUCUAACGACAAAAUUGUCAGAUAUGCCACAAGGCUCCUUUGUUCCCAUCAUGGCUCUUUGGAGUACAGACAGCUUCACAGGCAGGUUUGCAACAGUUUUGCCAUUUCAGACUACGAGUUGUGCUACAUCUUGAGGGAAUGCUGUAGGUUUGCUGUUGUUGGUGGCACUGAAGACAGGUCGUCAUAUACAGCGCUCAGCCCAGACUGCAGGAUAAUUGCAAGAACAGCAGUGAGAUUGUGCAAGGACUAUCCGAAAGACAGAUGUGCUGACUGCGAAGAAGGGCUUCAUCUCUGCAAAUAUUUUGUUUAUGGUAACUGCAGAUUUGGCAAAGGAAGGAAACCAUGCCGUUAUUCACACGAACUUAGUUCAGGCCACAAUUAUGAGGUCCUGAGAAAUUAUCAUCUUCUCGAUCUGGAUCAAGAUGAGCUUUUUAUGCUUCUUCUACAGAACGACCCCUCUCUGUUACCUGAGGUGUGUGUGCAUUACAACAAGGGAAGUGGCCCCUAUGGAGCUUGUACAUUCAAAGCAAGCUGCACCAAACUCCACAUCUGCCAACACUUUGUGCAAGGCGACUGCAUGUUCGGAUACAAGUGCAAGAGAUCCCACAAGAUUGAGUUGGAUGAUCAGAAAAAGCUGGAGGAGCGGGGGAUCACCAGAGAGAAUAUUCAUAAUCUGCCCGCUAUAUACAGGAAUAUUUACGACUUAAAAAACUGCAGCAUCAGCUCCAGUGAGGGAGAAGUCACAGACACUGCACAGAGGUCAUCAGUAAGUGAAAGAGAGAGCAAUGAAAUUUGCCUCCAUUACAUCAGGAAGCAAUGCAGUUUUCAAGAAAAGUGCAUUCACGUCCACUUUCAUCUGCCCUACAAGUGGGAAGUGUAUGAUGGGUCAUCUUGGGUAGAGCUCCCCCACAUGGAAGAAAUUGAAAAGGCUUUUUGUGACCCGGAAAAUACCCACAGUGGAGGGUCUCGGCCGGUAGACUUCCUGGAAAUGACACGAAACUCGGCUCCAGUCAGGCGCCUCUCCACAGCUUCCUCUGUUACCAAACCACCGCACUACAUCCUGACCACAGAAUGGGUCUGGUACUGCAAGGGUGAAAACGGCAAGUGGAUUGAAUACGGACUGCCAGAUGAAAAACGCAAAGUCUCUUCUGUCACUUCUAAGGAGUUGGAGCAAGCAUACCUAGCAGAUAACAAUGAUGAAAUUACCCUGACUAAAGGGCAUCGCCAGUACACGCUUAGUUUCAAAGACAUGUAUCAACGGAACCCAAAACAUAAUACUAAACGGAAGGUGCGGAGAAGACCCAGAUUUGUUUCUGAAAAAGCAGUGGAAAACAAGAGAAUGGGCAAAAGUGACUUCGCUCUGGCAUCGAGCUCCACCACAAAAUCAUUUCCAGUGAACUGGGACAUGGAUGCUGUGCCUGAGACUGGAUACAAGUUGAUUCAACUUUCCUUCUCCUCCGAGGAAUUCAAGGAAGUUGAAGAUCUCUUUCUGAAGAAAAUGACCACAGCGACCAUCCAUAAAAUUGAAAGAAUUCAAAACCCAUCUCUCUGGGAAGUGUAUCAAUGGCAAAAGGAACAGAUGAAGAGGAAAAAUGGAGGGAAGGAUGUUGAUGAGAAGUUGUUAUUCCAUGGUACACAGAAAUCUCUUGUAGAUGCCAUCUGCAGCCAAAACUUUGACUGGAGAAUCUGUGGAGUCCAUGGGACUGCCUAUGGGAAAGGGAGUUACUUUGCAAGGGAUGCCUCGUAUUCCCACAGUUAUACCGUAUCCACAUCGGGUCACCGGAUCAUGUUCGUGGCUCGAGUGCUGGUUGGAGAGGCGACUGCAGGAAAAAACGGCUAUUUACGCCCCCCUUCUAAAGAUGGCAAAAACACAACCUUUUACGACAGCUGCGUGGACAAUAAAUACAACCCUUCAAUUUUUAUCAUUUUUGAGAAACACCAGAUUUAUCCAGAAUAUGUGAUAGAGUACAGUAAGUGUGGCAGAACACUGGGGAUGAAUGUGUAACGAAGACAUUUUACUUCUAUAAUUAUUAUUUUUUAGUAAAGGGUUAUAACCACUCAAACAUUCUUGCCUCUCAUUUCAACAGCAACAUCCCCACACCAUUUUCCUUUAUUUUCACUUUCUCAGAAUUCUUUUUUUUUGUUCCAGGUAGCUCUUCAUUUUUGACCUUUUAAAACUGGGGAACAGAUUGUGAAGUCUACUAUUUGCAAAUGUAUGUCAUCUACCCUUCCUGAUUUAAAAUCCCCAUUAUUCUGAGAGGAAUAACUCAAAUGAAAUACAUCCACUAUAAUCAGAUAAUAUACGUCUGUGGCCUAAAUCAACUACAACAACUUUUUUUUUUUUCACAAAUAUUUAUAUGUAAGCAAAAUAAUGAUCAGAUUUUCACAUUUUUUAAGGAAAGAAAAAACUAAUGCUGUGUUUAUUAUAACGAAGUACUGGCUGGAAAAACUAGCUCCUUGUGACUAUUUUGGGAAAGUGGUCUGCCUGUAGCAAUACAACACAUAAGAGACUAAUUCAAGCUGUGUUUCACCUGCUGAAGGCACCAACAGUAACAACUGUCAACUUGACUUAGGUGUGUAUUAUUAUUAUUAUUAUUAUUAUUAUUAUUAUUAUUAUUAUUAUUAUUAUUCAACAUAACAGUAUUGCUUUUAUCUGUAGUGUAGUACAUGUAAUAAAAUAACUGCAAACACAGAACUUUGUAUUAUUCUAGUCUGCGUUUU